UAUGACAACACAAGAUUCAAGUCAGACACAGGUGAAUUCUGUCACUAAGAUGCAACCUGGACAUGAAUCAUCUGAUGUUGCCACACAAGAACUCAAGCCAGCAAGCAAGGAUGACUCAGAAUAUGAGAUAGUCCUAUCUGGUGCUCCAGUGGAAAAAAAUAUCUCUGUAGCCAGUCCAACUAAAGUUGAACUUCUAUGCAAAUUAGGUGAGGAUUCCAAUUUGAAAAAUCCUCAAGUGACUUGGAAAAAGGGAGGUGAAACAAUCAGUCACACCACUAAAACUCAGAACAGCUGGAGCAUCCAAGUGACCAUUUCAGAAAGCAGUCAGCUGGGAAGUUACACUUGUAUUCUGAAAGGUGAAAAAGAACUCAGUGCUACAUUUCAUUUGCAUGUACCCAAGACUGAAGGAAGAGAAAAACCUGUUAUCACUUAUAUAGGAGAUACAGCUGUAAUGGUUUGUAAAACUGAGUAUAAUGCCAAGGCUUGGACCUGGUAUAUGACCAAUGGAACUGAGCUGGCUCCCAUUAAUACGAUUUUGCAUACUGACAAGUUUGAAAUUAUGAGAAAAUCUGCCAAAGUAAGCCGUCUGGAGAUCUUCAAGCUCACAAAGAAAGAUCGUGGUGUAUAUUGGUGUGAAGCUGUUUUUGAUUUAGGGAGAAGUAAAGCGAGGUUUGAACUUAAAGUUCUUUCCAUCUCAGCACCUCUCAAACCCUUUAUAGCAGUUGUGGCUGAAGUUGCUAUUCUCGUAACUACUAUUGUCCUCUAUGAGGUGUAUUCAAAAAGGAAAGGAAAAGGAGGUGGAAAAGAGUUUGACCAAAUUGAGAAACUUAAAUCAGAAGAAAACAUUGCUGGGAGAUCCAAGUAGUUCUAGGCAGAGAAGUAAACCUCAAAAAGAGAUUUAAGCCAAGAGAAGUGGAAAUCAUCGCAAAGCUACAGAAGAUAUAUGCAACUAUGCAUUUUAAACAUUCAUUGUGUUUUGAA